AUGGGUAAUGAUGGUGGCAGUAUCCCAACUCGCCGCGAGCUCGUCAGAGAGGCCGCAAAAGCUCCCAGCACAGCGCAAGUGAAAGAGGCCCAACGUGAAAUGCAAGAGCAUUUUUGGACCACCUGUCCAUUGUCGCAUAAACCUUUAGCUCGACCGAUUGUCUCCGAUUGUGUCGGUAAUCUAUACAAUAAGGAUGCAAUAUUGGAAUUCUUGCUUCCCGGUGACGACGCCCAGGGUAUCAGCUCUAAAGCAGACUGCGAAGAGAUCUUAUGCGGGCGAGUUAAGGGACUUCGCGAUGUUGUUGAGCUGAAGUUCGAAGUCGAUACGGAGCGCGGCGAACACCCAUCCAGCAAGCAUAAUAGACGCGAAGCAUGGAUCUGUCCCGUCACUGCUAAGCAGCUAGGCCCGAGUGUGAAGUCGGUCUACCUUGUCCCAUGUGGCCAUGUUUUCUCUGAAGAAGCCAUUCGUCAGCUUAGGGACGAUAAGUGUCUACAGUGCAACGAGCCCUACGCCGAGGAUAACGUCAUCCCGAUCCUUCCACCGAAAGAAUCAGAAAAACAACGGCUGAUGGCGAGAGCGCAAAAGCUAGCCGAGCAAGGGCUCACUCAUUCCCUCAAAAAAGCUCCUGGCUCUAAAAAGCGCAAGAAGCAUGCUAAUGGAGAUUCGGCUGAGACUGAAGCCACUACCGAAGCAGACUCCAAGUCAGCCUUGGCUUCUUACUCACAAAAGGAACGGGCUGCAGCCUCGAGUCGAAGCAAUACCUCGACUCCGACCCCCAGUGCAUCAAAUGGUAUCAAGAACGCCUCUACUGCGAUGCUGACCGCUCGGGUCCUGGAAGAGGAGAACGAGAAGAAAAGGCGUCGGAAAAUGAUGGGUGCGAACGAGAAUAUCAGCAGUCUUUUUACUAAAAACUCUGGAGACGUCAAGUCCACCAAUAGUGACUUUAUGACGAGAGGCUACACGAUGCCCUCUAAGAGAUAA